AAGGAAGGAAGGAAGGAAGGAAGGAAGGAAGGAAGGAAGGAAGGAAGGAAGGAAGGAGGAACCCACCACUGAUUUCCGUCCCAUACCUUUGUUACCCACGGACAAAUCUGUGAACUCAUGCGAGAAAACCAGAUUUAUGUAACAUUUUUGGAGAGAGAGAGAGAGAGAGAGAGAGAGAGAGAGAGAGAGAGAGAAAUGGUAGUGGGCUUCCCUUCCUACAACUGUCACCUCCUCCCCCAUCCUCUGCGCUUCGCCAAUGGGCUUCUCCAUCCCUCCUCAUCUACCACGUGUCCCCCUCCCCAAUACCUUAUCUCCCGUCCCUACCUCUCCUCCUCCUCCUCCUCCAGAAAGCCUGCCCCUCCCUCUUCCAUGGUAUAUAACCAAGCACUGAGCAGAUGAAGACCAGACACCAGAACAAGACCAGACAGAAAGCUUCCCUUGUCUUUCCAUCACCGCCACCGCCGCCACCACCAGCAAGAUGAAAUUUUUCACCGCUAUUGCCCUCCUGUGCCUACUGGUCAGCGCCGCCCUGGCCAUGCCUUAUCCUGACGCCGAGCCUGACGCACUAGCCUUCAG